UCAAAAAAAAGGAGAAGAAGCUAAGAUUGAACUCCAAAAUUUCGCUAAGGAAAUGAAAACUAGGAAAAGCUAGGGCAAAAGUGGUGUAAUGAGCUAAAGAACAUGGAAGGCAAAACCUAUAGUCUGUGAUUAAGGAUUUUUUUCGUGCUAUUGUAGAUACACCUGCAAUAGCUUGGAUCUUCUCACAGAUACACCGUGCCUUGCUUACUCCGAUGCUUGUGAACAGGACUUGGUCCUAAUAAACGAUUUGCUAAGAUCGCAGCAGGGACUCGCUGCAUAGCUAGCUUAUACAGCUGUUUACCGGAAGAAUAGCGACAGCAUCUCUAAAACAAGCUUUCAGAAUGAACGCCAUCGAAAUUCUGAAGGGGUUCGGUCUCUGUGCCUCACUAAACCUCUACUACGUCGAAGUAUUUUCUGUUGCUGUCACACUCGUGGUAUAUACGUGCAUGCUGGCUAUUGCCCUUGGCGUUGUUCAGCGAGGGACUUCUCAUGGAGUGCCUUUGAAGAACUUCGUUUCUGGGGUCAUUAUGUCAGCGCUUGCCCUAGCGUUUACAGAUCCCUCGGCUGCUAAGGGUCCUGCCUACAUGCAGAAUACGUGCGGUGUAUUUACUCAGCUUAUCGUCUGCCUCACAAUUCUUGCCUAUUCGGCGGACUUCAACAAAGAUGCACGACUGGCUGCCGCUGGAACUGUGUUAUUCUCUGUGUUGGCCAAUAUGCGUGCACACGCGCUUCAUGUUUUAACCCUAUGGAGUUCUGUGCAUUUAGCUAUCAUCCCGACACUCGACUACGUAACGGCUGUGCGGUCUGGCGUAUCCAACCCACCUGACCUUGUCAUGCUAAUUUUGAUGGUGUCGGGAACCCUAUCACUUCUCAGUUGGGGCACUUUCAUCUUGAUGUCAGGUCUACAACUAAUGGCAUUUACCAAUUUUGUGGGGGCAAUCGUUGCCAUGGCCACUUUGAAGAAUAUGCUAGCGGCAAAAGUCAAGGCAGCUUGAGAAUUUGUUUUUUUUUUUCCAGUAAAGCCUCAUAAUGAUGUUCGUAUUGGCCAGUUAAAUCUGCAAGUAUAGCCGACAUUGAAAAAAAUAGUGAACGCCAACUCUUGGUUACAUAUUUCGUAUCUGUAAUAUGGUAGACGAAAAACAAUAGGAACUAACUGUCAUGUGAUGACUAAAGUCAAAGUAUGAUCUGAAAGGACUGCAAGCUUCUGCAGUGGAACUCAGAUCAGACUUUAUAGUUAACAGAAGUUUCGAAACAGCAUUGACACUACUCGUCUAGCUUUGUACGGCGACAACCGGUGCGUUAGUGGAAAACAUAGAGCUAAGAAACUAACAAAAUGUAGUAGAACUUCUGAUAGGUAAUAUAUUUUGUACCGAGUUUAAGGAAGCCUACAAAAAACCUAAGAAAUAAGUGGAGGCUGUAUAACAAAAAGAUGCGACUAAAUAACGAACCUACUUGAGCUUUGACAAGAAGCAUUAUAUAAAAUAAUCAACAUUUGUUUUAGUAGCCGAACUAUUCUGUCUUUGUAGAGAUAGACAGUCAUAGAAUGAAGACCAGGCUGUUUGUAAGCUAUAGAACUUUGAAGAAAUUGGAUAGGAUGUAAGGAAUAUUAAGAUGUUUUGUAUUUACCAUUAACAAGCCUGGGCAUUUAGAAUUCAUAACAAGGAAAGAAGUGCCGAUCGUGACGAAAUAUGGAGUGUUCUAUAGCAGAUCUCAAACGCGACCAGAAAACAGAAAAUGCUCUAUUUUAUUUUGAGCUACUUGCUUCGUCGUCUGGUCUCGACAAGCUAUUGCUCGUUUUGUCGCAGGUAUGAAUUACUCAAGAUCUUCGAAGUGUAACCAGUGGAACAACGACAAAUAAAGCGGAGCGGACUUUUCAAUGUAAAUCAUAGAUUUUUCGAGUUCUUCGAAGCAAAUUGAAAUACAUGUUGUGGGGCAACUUGUUGCAGUGCGCAUGCGCUUUCCCACUGUUUUUAUUAUUUUUCUGACUAAUUAAUCAAUCCGUCAUGAUAAAAGUAAGACAAUUGUCUUUAGAACAUGAGUAAACAUCAGCCACAGUCCGGGCGCUUCAAAAGCAGGCAAAUCCCCCAACGAGAUUAUGGAUCACCGACACAGUUUUCAUUUUCCAUGCAGCUUGAAACUAAUAGGGGGAAAUUUUUUAUUUAGCGAUGUGAAGAAGCUAGAAUAGGCGUUAAACUUCAGUUAGAAAAUUUAAUUAUUAUUAUUAUUAGAAAAUUAUAAGAAAAUUAAAGACUAUUUCAGAUGUCGGAACGUAAAUAUUAAUGGAAAGGAGACCAUCUAUCCUCCAGAUAAACAUAAAACUUUAUUUUUGGCUUUGCUUUUGCAGCUUUGAUUUUUUGUAGUCUUGAAUUUUUUUACUAUGGAGCCCUAUGAUCAUUUUAAGCUCAAACUUGGAGUCAGCUAAUUUUUUUUAUGGCGUAUUUAAAUGGUCCGUGAGGGAGUCGAAACGUACCAAUCUCACUCGCUCGUAGGUACUAUUGGAAAAAUGUUGUAAAUUUAGAAGACAUUUUUGUUAAGUUUUCAAGUUGAAUACGCGAUACAAGCGAAUUAGAUUAAAUAAGCACUUGUAUAAAAAUGUAUCUGCUGGCAGGUACAAAACAUUUCAUUCAAAUGUUCAAAUGUAGCUAAUAAAAUACUUCCAUGACAUCAGUUUUAUCCAUAUAUAUAUUAAAACUUUGUAAUUGUUAGGUAGUAUCAGAAGAUACAUUCAAUUAUAUACUUAUAUGAUAAUUUCACAAUGUAAUGGUCUUGGCUUGAGCUGAUCACCUUUUCCUUGUAAUGUUUUAAAGAACAUAGCUAACUUGCAAUCGUUAAGCUUAAAAAGUAUCGAAUUAGGUUGAAUUAGGCCAAUAAUUAAUUAAUUUGAAAAAAAAAGCGCCAUUUUUUCUUUAGAUUACGAAAGUAGUUGAUUUAGUUACGAAACAGUGUACGCGUAUCCACCCGUUGAUAACGCGUAAUACCCGUUGAUAUGAUAAAAACUAUGUCUGAUUUUCUAUAUGAGUUCGCAUGUUUUUUUUUUAGUGAGGUACAUAUCCUUGUGACUCAAUUACUUAAAUUGUGCCGCAUCGUUUGCAGUGUUUGUUUAAUCCUUAGCCCGUUUAACAGGAAGACUGACCUUCUGAGCUUCCUCCAUGAACAUACGGACAUGAAAAUAUGGCCACAUGAUUUUAGAAUGUAACAAUAUUUUCAAUAGAUCGCUAAAACCCACUGCUUUUAUAAAGGAUCAGUUACAUUUUAAAAAAAAAUUGUAUUAUACUCGAAUAUACAUGGUUGUGAGUUGAAACCCAUAUAA